AUGGCACAGUCAUAUGGUGAAGAAAUCAACACACGGAUGGGAGAAAGAAGAGCUGCAAGAAAUGCCCGAGAUGAGCAACAAGGUAUGGUCAUUGUCAAGGCACAACAGGAUUUACAAAAGCUAGUACAAAGAAUGUAUGAAUGUCUUCACAACAAGGUGUAUGAUGAAGGCGACAAAUCAAUGCUAAAAACCUUGAGACCAAUCAUUGAUCUAAGAUCAUUAGCUUUAAAGGUUAAACAGAAGGGUGCUGCACAUGUCUUAGCCUUGGAUGGAGAACAGUUCACCAAAGACUCGAAGCAAUUGGCAACUAAUAUUGUUGAUGUGCCAGAUAGCGGAAUUCGUAUUCAGUUUCGAGAGUUUAUCAGGAGACUCGAAAGACAUGUUGCGCAACUCAACGAAGAGGAGCUAUGCAGCAUCAAGUUAAUUAAAGUUUCCUUAGAGCCCGAAAGGAAGCUGUAUGUCGAUAUUGAAAUGGUAAUGCAUGUUAUUUGUGUUGCCGCUGCCAGCAUGUCGGUAGAAUCGGUUAUAGAGUCAAUGGUUUCUAUUUAUGAAAACCGAAAUAACAAGUUGCGGCCAAUAUCGGAGGAAAGGGCGGUUCUCGAAAUGAAUAUUGCUUGCAAUGGACCCGAACUGACACAUGCCGAUAGCAUCAUCCAAGAAAGUAUGACAGAAUACUGGAAGAAUUCUGGGAAACGAAAGACCGGAGACUGGCAUUUUGUUCGAAAAUCGCAGAACAUAAGGGAUUUUGCUGUAUCGAAGGUCGUUGACCGAAUGAGCUCAGCAAAGCCUAACUUACCAUUUAUGACCUGA